UGAAUAUGGAAAAUAGUUAUGGAAAACUUUUCAGCAUUCAAGAGAAGAAGACGUUUUGUUGUGAUAUUUCUCAUAAUUUUCUUAAUGUUUCUGUUAACCGUCUUGCAGAUAGGACCAUACAUCAAUGUUAUUCAAUCUGAUACACACAGUUCAAAGAUACAACAAGAUAUUUAUUUUAGAAAACCAAUCACACGAAACAAAUCUACUCAGUCACCAUCGCCAUCUUCAAUCCUGUGUCUAGUCCUUACAACACAUACUACUUUACUCUCCAAAGCUAAAGCUGUAAAUGAUACAUGGGGAAAACGUUGUAACAAAACCAUUUUCUUCACAAACAGACCGACUACACUACCGAAUGUCGUUUACUUAGAUUUAGCUCAAGAUGGCAGAAAACAUCUUACAGAUAAAGUUAUCCGAGCAUUUGAAUAUGUAUAUAGACAUUUCACAGAUUAUAAUUGGUUUUUAAAAGCUGAUGAUGACACGUAUGUUAUUUUGGAAAAUUUAAGACACUUCUUAUCAUACUUUAAAAGUGACGAACCAGUGUAUUUGGGCCAAAACUAUAAACUGUACACAAAACAAGGGUAUAAUAGUGGUGGUGCAGGAUAUGUUCUAAGUAAGGAAGCUUUAAAUAAACUAAUGUUUGGAAUUAAAUAUAAAGACUGUCCUAAAGAUGGCAAAGAUGAAGAUGUGGAUAUUGGAAAGUGUUUAGAUAGCCAAGGUGUCCCUGUAUCUGAUACAACAGAUAAAUUUAAUCGAGAAACAUUUCAUGGUGGAACUAUGGAGGACCAUAUGGUUGGACCGUUAUCCGAUUUACUGAAGAAUUAUCCUAGUAUACCUGCUAGAACGGGCAGGGACUGCUGCAGUACCAAUACAAUAACUUUCCAUUAUGUUUCACCGAAGAUCAUGUACAUAUUGGAUAUCUUACUAUAUCAUUUGACCGUGUAUGGACGCAAUUAUAAUAUUGGUCAGAAUGCGUUUGCUUAAGAUCCAUAACGAGAAAAUGUUUCAAAUAGAUUAUAAAAUGAUGAAUCAACUAGAACGAUCAUAGAGACUAAAAUAGGACGUACGACUUCUAGUUCGACUAUUCAAGGGGAUAGCAGUUUUGAAAAAUACUUUUCUGAUUAAAACAGUGUUGUGUUAAAACUGUGAUAUUAAGCUCUGACUCAUUUUUUUUAUCAUUUAAGAAAUGUCUCUGAUUAUACAGUGUAAUGAUCAAGAGGUAUAAAUUAACCAGAGUGCAACUUUGCCACGUAACCAGUAAAUAGUGCUCGCAUGAUUAAUUUGGUGUUGGUGUUUAAACGCCACUUUAAGGAUUAUUUCCGAAGUAGUCGGUUUAUAUUGGUGGAAGAAGCCGUAUUUCACAGACCUUCGUAAAAGAAGCUGACAAUCAAAGUAAAUUAGGAUUAGAGUCGAGCAAACCUGCUACAUGCAAGAUUUGAAUUCACUGCCUUAGUAUUGACAAUCGAGUGAUAAAUAGCCUGCAACGUUUGGUCUGUGUUUUUGUUUUGGUGAUUUACGGAUGUGCAUCGAUAAAAAAACAUACCUCAUCCACCACAUUAUUCAUAGGCAAGUCCAAAAUCAGGACCAAAGAGUAAAAAACGAAAGAAAAUUAAUAUAUAUAUUAAUGUUAUUUAGUGAUAACUUUAUUUGACGACUAGGUUGAAAAUUAUUGCAUAUAUCUAUUAUAGCGAUUUUUACAUUUUAGACUGAUAUGCGAUAUUUAAUUUUGCGAUAUUGAAAAAAAUCCUGUUUAAUUUACUUAGAAAAUUUCAAAAUGCAAGUUUGAAUUAUUGCAGAUAUAACUCUGUCGUACUUUUUGCAAUAAUUAAAAUAUCGCAAUAAUUU